AGGAGCGGGAGACAUCUGUCAUACCAAUCCCAUUCAUCGUGGUCUGAUCCGAUGGAGGAACUGCGUGACCGCUUCAGGAGGCACGAGAAGAGGAGGAGCGUCGCCCUCGAGAAAGACGGCAGGAUUCUGGCCAUGAUCCCGGAGGGCCGGGACAAGAAUAUCUCCAUCAAGGACUGCACCAAAGAAGCAGAUCUCUACACCCUCGGGUUCCGGCGGUACCGGUUCCUGGGGGAAACUGAUGAGAAGUUCCCAGUGUUUGAGGGAGCCUCCGGAGGUGUUCCAGUAAGUAUGAUGAACGUCAAAGGCCUCGCCCGAUUCAAGAACAAACCGGCCAAGGAUCUGAAGGGGCCGGACGCAGGUGGCCAAAAGCCCGUCGGUGCGCCCCUCAAAAAGCCCGAGGGCGAUGCUGCUGCGGCUAAGAGAAAGCCGUCGGCAAAGGAGCCCCCCCAAGCCCCUAAAAAGUUAAAGAAGGGGGAUGCCGCGAAGGAUGACCCCCCGGUGGUGAUUAUAGAUGACCCUCUGGUGAUGCCGACGGCGCAGGUGCCGGGGGUGGUCCGGGAGCCAUCUCUCGAGGUCCUCACGCUCUCCCUCCCGGCUGGUACGGCCGUGUUGAAUGGCACAGCCGACCCGAGGGCGAUCCUGAGGGGUAUUACCCUCGAUAUCGACAGGGCAGCUCUCGGGGCUGACGAUGAUCAAGCCCUUGAAGACAGGAUCCUCCGGUCUUCCCUCACGACUUGCGUUGCCCUCGGGGAGCAGUUCCGACGGCUGGAGGAAUGGCGCCUCCACAAAGCUAGGCAAGACGCCAAGAUGAAGGAGCUGAUCCUUAGGGACUCCCAGGCCACGAAGCUGAU